AUGUUUCGAUUGCUUGAAUACCUAUUUAGCAGCAAUCCCGACAACAUCCAUGAAGAAGGGCUCGAAAAGAUUGUCAAAAGCAUCGAGAAACCCAAAGGUAUCACCACCCAUCACCUCAUCACCUUGGUUGAUGAUGUCACCCCAUUAACCACACUUCCCAACAACGUUCUCACAAGAAUCAUCGAAUAUUUGCCGCAGAAUGACUUGACAAACCUUGCAAUGACCAAUUCUCAGUUUGGGCGGGAAUUGGUGUUGAGGAAAUUAUCCAAAAGAAUCAUCAUCAAGAAGUAUCCAACGUUGCGUGACGGCGAUGAUAACCAAUGGUAUAUCGAUACCAAUUACACCACGAUAAGCAAUAACGGUGGCAAGAAUAUCAAUAUUGAAGAUACCUCCAGUUUAUUGGCAAAACUACAUCAAUUUGAACAAUAUUUAGCACAUGAACCUUUAGCCCAAUGUGAAGAGCUCAUCAUUCAUGAUGGAUUGCCCACUAAUGACUCGCCACUAUUGGAAUCAUUAUUUAGGAUAGUUUGCACAUUAAUGGAAAGAAAUGGCGGGUUGAAAGUAUUGAAGAUUUUCGAAAAACCUUUGCGAUUGAAAAUAAAUGAAUAUUUAUUCCAUCAACUACUGUCCCUGAACAGCAACUUGACAAAUAUCAUUGUCGACUCAAUUAGCGAUCUCAACCAUUUAGCCAAUUUCCCCAAACUACGCUGUUUAAGCUUGAAUAUCGAGAAUGAUAAUUUGGUGGAUUAUAACUUGCUUACUGAUUUCAACGAUACCGUGGUACAAACGUUAUUGCUGCUUGAAGAAUUGGUGAUUAUCGAUGACGAAGACGCAUCAUUGAGAAUUUUAAAACUCUUGGGGGAUCUCUUAUCUGCUAAACAAUGUGGUGAAAAACUAACCAACCUCAAAUCAUUGAAAUUCAAUCAUUACCACGGAAUCCAUAACUAUAAUUCGAUUUUACGGAAUUUCUCCAUCAUUGUUGUGGAACAAUUGAUCAAUUUAUCACAAUUAACCAAAUUGGAGAUGGAAAUCAAUUGCGAUGAGUCUCACUGUGAAUGUAUGGGAACAUUCCUCACUUCAUUGUCUCGACAAUUAACUAAUUUGACCAGCGUGGCAAUUUUGGAAAAACAGUACUACAACAAACAUUCUCCAAUAUACAAGCAUCAAGUCUACGAAGAUUGGGACCUCCAAGCGUUUUCGUUCUUGAUAAAUUUACCAAAUAAACAAAAAAUUACUAAACUAUUAAUCAAGAAUGAUCCACCAAUCGAUGGGAACAUCGAAGACGGGUUGGAAGGAAAUUAUCUACGAAGAAGGAAAUUGUACGAGACCACGCUCCCAAGGUUCCCUAACUUACAACAAUUAGUGCUUCCUAAUCUUAUGUCGUCCAUCUGCUGCUACGAGCAAUUGGUAUCGGAUUUACUAUGGAACGGGUGCGAAUGCCUCAAGUGUCAACAACAUCUCUCGUUGUUCGAUACUUAUUUGAUGACCCAUCAAUAUUUCGAUUAUAAACAAACGUUUGAUUUCAAAGACAUGAUCUCUCCUCGACUCUUUGGGUUUUUCGCCGACGUUCUUGCCAGCAGAAUCCCAUUUUUCGCCAAUUAUUCCAAUAGAAGUCCCCAAAAGUUUGUGGAACUUGUGUCAGCGACUUCUCCCGCCAGCUCAUUAAACCAAUUUGAAAUGUUGGAUAACAUCACCUUGAUGGCCCCCAAUGCCGUGCGUUGGGAUUUCCACGGGUUUUCCAAGAUUGUGUGUCGGGACUUCAAAAAUGACGGCGAUGAUGAGUUUUAUUCGGAAGAACUUGCCCAGUUUGUCAGGGACGACGAUGCCAAGAGUGAUGAUUGUUAUUACGAUGACGAAUGUUUUGAUAUUCUUGUGCAAUGUGUCGAUCAUUUCUUUAAAGGGAAAUAUUUCGAUUGGUUGGCCAAACAGCAGCCGGAGUUGAAAAACUUGCAGGUGGUGGUGUUGAAUGGGGUGUAUUAUAGAUUGGAGGAGUGUAAUGGUAGAACUCUUGCUAAUUGUAUAUAUGAUUAG